AUGGCGACUCCCAACAACGUUACUCCCACCAACUGCAGCUGGUGGCCCAUCUCGGCGCUGGAGAGCGAAGCGGGGAAAUCCACGGAAGGGGAGGAAAACCAGGACCCGACAGACCCCGCUCUCAAAUCCCAGGACAGACUGGUUUUGUACCACUGGACCCAGUCUUUCAGCUCGCAAAAGGUGCGGUUGGUCAUCGCAGAGAAGGGGCUGCCCUGCGAGGAGCGGGAUGUCAGCUUGCCCCUGAUGGAGCACAAGGAGCCCUGGUUCAUGCGGCUCAACCUGGGGGAGGAGGUGCCUGUCAUCAUCCACAAGGACAACAUCAUCAGUGAUUACAACCAGAUCAUUGACUACAUGGAGAAGAACUUCACAGGAGGUAAGGAGGGUGGGGGUGGGAUACACCUCCGGGCAAACUCAGGUUUAAUCCAGGCACCCUUUUCCUUUGGCCCGGCAGAGAACGUGCCCCAGCUGAUCCCCGAGCCGGGCAGCCUGCUGCACUCGCGGGUGCUGCAGUACCGGGAGCUGCUGGACUCGCUGCCCAUGGACGCCUACACCCACGGCUGCAUCCUGCACCCCGAACUCACCACCGACUCCAUGAUCCCCAAGUACGCCACCGCCGAGAUCCGCAGACAUUUAGCUAAUGCCAGCACAGAUCUCAUGAAGCUGGACCACGAAGAAGAGCCACAGCUAUCAGAGCCCUACCUCUCCAAGCAGAAGAAGCUCAUGGCCAAGAUCCUGGAGCACGACAAUGUGAACUACUUGAAGAAGAUCCUUGGUGAGCUGGGGAUGGUGCUAGACCAGAUCGAGGCGGAGCUGGAGAAGAGGAAACUGGAGUACCAAGGGCAGAAGUGUGAGCUUUGGCUCUGCGGCUGCGUCUUUACCUUGGCCGACAUCCUGCUGGGAGCCACCCUGCACCGCCUCAAGUUUCUGGGACUCUCUAAGAAAUACUGGGAGGAUGGCAGCAGACCCAACCUGCAGUCCUUCUUUGACAGGAUACAGAAACGCUUCGCCUUCAGGAAAGUUCUGGGGGACAUCCACACCACGCUGCUCUCCGCCGUGGUGCCCAACGCCUUCCGGCUGGUCAAGCGGAAACCUCCCUCCUUCCUCGGAGCCUCCUUCCUGAUGGGAUCUCUGGGGGGAAUGGGAUAUUUUGCUUAUUGGUACUUAAAGAAAAAAUACAUCUAG